UCAAACGCAACCUAAAUCUGCGCUCCAGGAACAGGGUAUCUAGCGAAGUCCAAUCACCACGAACGAUGCAAGCGAGCGUUGCUCUGUUCCUCGUACGUAUGCGUUGUGCUGCUCAAGAGGGACUUUAUGACCUCGAUAGAGUGAAACCACUGCAAUAUACUACUCUGCAUCAUCGCUUCCAUACAUGGAAGGUGCCCACCUGGCUAAUUCUGAACACGAGGAACCCCUCACCAAGUAUGCUCGCUUCAAGCAAACGCCAGUAAGUGACGAAUCGACGACGUUGGGUCACGAAGAUAUAUAAACCUCGGUUCUGGCACUCUGGUGUUACCCAUAUUUCUCCACAAACAACAUGUAUUUCAGUUGGGCAAGACUGCUUCCGGUCCUGGGCACGCUUCUGCAUGCAGUUCAGGCGGACAAUCCGAUUAUCCAGUCUAUUUACACUGCAGACCCAGCUCCAAUAGUUGUGGGGGACAAAGUAUAUCUCCUCGCGGAUCAUGAUGAGAACGGUUCAACCAAUUACAACAUGAAGGACUGGCGUCUCUUCUCUACUGCGGACAUGGCUAACUGGCAGGAUCAUGGUGUAAUUGCAUCCAUAGCCACCACUUUCCCGUGGGCAGACAUCAAUGCCUGGGCGGGUCAGAUCAUCGCUCGCAACAACAAGUUCUAUAUGUACCUACCUAUGCGCCGUCGCGGCGGGAACAUGGCUAUUGGUGUUGCGGUUGCCAACUCUAUCACUGGCCCAUGGAAAGAUGCAAUCGGGAAACCACUGUUGGAGAACGCUCGCAUUGAUCCAACGGUCUGGAUCGACGACAAUGGUCAAGCUUACCUGUACUUCGCCAAUCCAGGUCUCUUUUAUGUCAAACUCAACGCAGACAUGGUCUCAUAUUCUGGUGGCAUCGUCCAGGUCCCCACCAGUGUCUCUAGCUUCGGAAGUGGUCGCGAGCCGGACGGUACCACUUUCGCAGAGGGACCUUGGAUAUACAAGCGUAACAACCUUUACUAUAACGUAUACGCCGCCCAAUGCUGUUCAGAGGAUUUGCGUUAUUCGACAGGCCCCUCUAUCACUGGUCCCUGGACUUACCGCGGCGUUGUGAUGGCAUCAGCAGGAAAAUCCUUCACAAACCAUCCAGCCGUCAUCGACUUCAAAGGCAAAUCUUACCUGUUCUACCACAACGGUGCAUUGCCUGGUGGUAGUGGGUACACUCGCUCUAUCGCUGUAGAACCAUUCACUUACAACUCGGACGGUACGAUACCACUUCUCACCAUGACUAAUGCUGGUGCUCCACAAGUCGGGACCCUCAACCCAUACACCCGUAACGAAGCAGAAACUAUGGCUUUCUCUUCUGGAGUCCAGACAGAGGCUAUGACUGAGGGCGGUAUCUCCUUGAUCAACAUAGAGAACGGCGAUUAUGUCAAGGUCGCUGGCGCUGCCUUUGGCAACGGCGCAAAGUCUUUCUCUGCUCGCGUUGCUUCAGCUACUAGCGGUGGCAAGAUUGAGCUUCGCCUGGGUAGUCUUACCGGUACAUUGGCGGGAACAUGCACUAUUCCCGGCACCAACGGAUGGCAGACUUGGAAGAUGGUGACUUGUACUGUAGACGGUGCGAGUGGAACCAAAGACCUUUACCUAAGAUUCGUAGGAGGUAGUGGAUAUCUGUUCAACGUUGACUAUUGGCAAUUUGCUUAGGUAGAUUUAGCGGAGGUUGGAAAUCUACCUGACGAUUGACUUGCAUCGAGAGACACAUCACUGGAAGAGCUUCUCGAUGUGGUGUACUGGCAUUUACGCGAUGG